AUGGACUUACGUGGCAACUUGGAUAGAUUUCUCAUAUUUUACAUCGAUGGCUGGAAGAUAUUUAGGGAUCCCCAACUGGAGUCUAAGCACUCUUCAGUUCAUUAUUGGAGGGAACAGAUGAAAGCAAUGUUUUUUUACACAACCUUCGAGGAACGACGGUUACCCUAUCGACUCAUUUGGCACACUUUGGUGUUUAUUCAAGCUGUCAUAUUCUUUGCUUCAAUGUUGUACGGUCUAACGGAAUCGAUAGGAGACAAUGUUGAAAUGGGUCGAGAUCUGGCUUUUAUCAUUGGGGCAUUUUAUAUUAUUUUCAAAAUAUUUUAUUUUAAUUGGUACGGCGAUGGUCUCAAUGAGGUCAUCAACGACUUGGAGGCAUUGCAUCCCUGGGCACUAGAGGGUCCAGGUGCUGUCGAUUUUCGACCUGGCAAGCGCUGGUACUUCGUGAUGGCCUUUUGUUUAUCAUCGUCUUGGGGGCUCUUCUUGUGCAUUUUUCUCGUACUCCUGAUAACAUCACCCAUGUGGGUCCAGAACCAGAACCUUCCCUUUCACGCGGCUUUCCCCUUUCAAUGGCACGACAGAUCGACUCACCCCGUCACACAUGCCAUAAUCUAUUUGUUUCAGAGUUUUCUUGGGACAUAUACUUUAACAUGGCUGCUGUGCGUGGAGGGAAUUUCAGUUUGCAUUUACGGAGAGUUAACCUUUGCCAUCGAAGUUCUAUGCCUCGAACUUCGAAACCUCCACCGGAGAUUCCAUGACAACGAACAGCUGAGACUGGAGAUGAUUCGAUUGGUCAGGUUCCACCAGAAGAUUGUUGAAAUUUUGGACCGUACCAACGAGGUUUUUCAUGGGACUCUCAUAAUGCAAAUGGCGGUUAACUUCUCCUUGGUCUCUCUAUCGGUUUUAGAGGCAAUGGAGGCCCGAAAAGACCCCAAAGUGGUGGCUCAAUUCGGAGUCCUAAUGCUGCUCGCCUUGGGACAUCUGUCCAUGUGGUCGCUUUGUGGAGACAUGUUAUCCCAAACAUCGUUGAAAAUUUCGGAGGCUGCAUACGACGCCUAUGAUCCCACCAAGGGAUCCAAGGAAAAUUAUCGCCUUCUCUGCUUGAUAAUUCGACGCGCCCAGGAUCCACUGAUCAUGAGAGCUAGCCCGUUUCCGCCAUUUAAUUUAAUAAACUACACCGCUAUACUCAAUCAAUGCUUUGGAAUACUGACAUUUUUAUUAAACACUCUGGAUUAAUCUAGACUCUAGAAGAAUAAAAAACAUAUUCAUAUAAUUAGAAUUAUUAUAUACAUCAAAUAAAAAAAAUU